AUGAUGGACUCAAACUGGACGGAAGUCAUUGACCUUUGGUCAUCCAAUAACGCACAAGUACGAGAGCAACAACAGUCGGCAAGAACUUCCUUCCUCAAAUCGAUUGGGACUCCGGCGCCUGAUGAGACCAACGCCUUGGAAGAGAGAAAAUGCGCCGCAAGAUCUUCCCCCAACGGAAACCACGGGUUUCAUCCAGACGGUGGGAAAUGGAUAGAAUCGCAGAUGCCUCCCUUGGAGCCAGACCGCUCGCUUUUUUGGGAUAUCGAGACCCGUGGUGCCGAGGCACGAACGUGUGCAAACGUCCAUUUAUACGAUCUCCACCCCCAGGACUAUCCGGAAACUCUAGUUGGUCAUGAAUACCAAGAUGGGACAAAAGAGCACGAGGAACAGUACCAGUGGGCGAAGGGAAACAUCACAUUUCUUGAACUGGUCCAAUAUUUUUGCCUCAAAACUCGCUUGAGAGAAUGCCGGUUCCCUCGUUGUCGCGCACAGAUGGCAAAGCUGGAGAAGGCUAUGCCGGUCUGUGAAAAAUGGAAAAGCUUCCGCAAGUGGGCUCUCGGUGCGGCCUCUUGUCAGCUCUCGGCAGCUGGAGCGGGAUACCAAUGGCUCGAUGAGUUUUCAGCAUUUCAAGCAGAGAAACUGAUUGAGUUGAAGAAGGAUGACGAGCUUCCCGGGGAUCCUGUCAUGGUUUUUGACGUUUGCAAGGUCGUAUACUUCCUUCUGACACAGGUCCAACUGCCAUGCACGACCAUUCAAAAUGGAUUUCUGAGCUAUAAGAAGGGCAAAGCUAGUUCUUGGGUUCGGUACUCAGGCGCCAUGCCACAGCGAGUAACCACAUUGGCAGUGAAAAAGGCACUGGAGAAGGCAGCAAAACUACACAUCUGCCCCCACCGGUUUUGGAAUUUGGCCUACAGCGCUGACCUGGGUCGAGAUGAUUUGCCCUCUUUGAUGGAGCUUGCAGAGGAGUCGCCUUCCCCAGAAUCUUUCGCUCACGAGGGUCACAGCGGUUGCUCUGCGGAAUUCUGCCUUUUUUCGGAUGUCAACAGUACCCUCAAGAAGCAAUUGCAUAAGUGUGCAAGUGAAGACUGCCGCCAAGUCUUUUUCCCACCCGAAGAGCUCAACGACGCAGUCCACCAAGGCCGAACAACAGCCUGGCCAACAGCAGAUGUCGACUUGGACCACGUAACUUUGUCUCCUCCACCGAAAGAUAUCAUGGCUAUCUCUCAUGUUUGGUCGGACGGCACUGGCGUUGGCGUCGGCCGUUCUGGAGAAGUCAACAACUGCCUGUUCAUGUACUUCAAGAAGAUUGCAGACGAACUGGAUUGUGACGGCAUUUGGUGGGAUGCCAUUUGCAUUCCUUCGGAGAAACAAGCGAGACGGAAAGCUAUAAGCAAGAUGCAAGAGAACUACACCCACGCCAAACAUACCGUCGUCCACGACGAGUAUCUUCUGCAGUUUGACUGGGCUAAUGAUGGUAGUCCUGCUCUGGCACUCGUCCUUUCACCAUGGUUCAGCCGUGGCUGGACGGCCUUGGAACUCUCGGUAUCCACGUCUGUCAAAGUCAUAUAUCGAGAUCCAAAUGACCACUCCAGACAGGUCAUCAAAGAUCUAGAUGAAGACAUUCUUGCAAAGAUGCCUUUGGUGAAAGUUGGCCAUGAAGUUGCAUCGACAGUACUGCAACGAUUACGGAAGAAUGAGCCAAGCAUUUCGGACAUCCUGAUGAUUCUAAGGACACGCUCGACAACUUGGGGACGCGACCGCAUCGCCAUUGCCUCGAUGCUGGCUCGAGCGGAAGACUACGAUUACGAAGAUUCACCGGCGACUGCAACGGUCAAGAUACUGCGCUUGUAUCUUGAGGUGCCGCUCAGCUUUCUGCUCCAUGGGCACGACACGGUUUCGGCCGGCGGCGGAUUUUCCUGGUGCCCUUCAAACCUUCUGGACAGCGCUCCCGCCAACAUCUACGAUCAAGUGAGCUUCAAAUCGUCGGGUGUGGCUGCUUUGAUUGACGAUUCCGGGGCUGCCAUCGCUGAAUGGCGAUACCGCACUCUGACGCCGGCAGACAAGGCGGCUUUGCGACCCUUUGCGUUGCAUGUUUCGGUCGAGUUUCGCAUCAGACAGACGCUGGAGGAAAACUGGCAGCACUGCCUCCUUCUUCAGAGCGAAUCUGCGGGACUCGACCGACUGCCGAUGUUGCUCGUUGCCGCCACAGGCAUCAGCUGGCCAGACGAGAGUCAUGCCUUCUGGGGCGUAUCACUACCAUUUGUAGACAGUCACUACGUGGGGUGCGUGUUUGACGAUUCCGCUAAGAAAGACAAUUACCGGCUAAGCGUAGGUGUGCGUAUCGGCUCUGCUGCAGGUAGGCCGACGAUCCCGGCUGAAGAGGCUUUGGGUAGAGUCAGCACGUGGCAGCGGGGACGCAUCUUACGUGAAGCAUCUCUCGCAUUCCGACAAAUCUACCAAAAUCGAAACAAGAACCAGGCGGACAAGCGCAGGGGAAAAAGGUUUGAUGCUAACAUUGUGCGAAGUUACGGGGGAAUGGGCACGCUUGGGGAUCGGGAAGAACUUGAUGAAACGCAUAUGGCGAAGCAGCUUGCUCGUAGUCACGCAGGUGACGCCAUGGGGUGGGCAGAACUGACUGGGCUUACGGGAACCGUGAAUGGAAGCCGUCAGCAUGUAGAGUAUGGAGAGCACGGAGAGUAUGAAGGGUAUGAAGGGUAUGGAGGAUAUGGAGGAUAUGGAGGAUAUGGAGGAUAUGGAGGGUAUGGAGAGUAUGGAGGCUGUGGGGAAUAUGGAGGAUAUGGAGAGUAUGGAGGGUUCAUUCCCUGA